AUGACGCGACUGUCUGCGAGAACUUUAUUAUGGUUAUCGUUGUUUUCAAACGUGAACAAUGCGAAACCUAGUAUAGUGUGCUGGCUCACCAUUGAGCAAUUUAAUAGACGUUUAUUCAGUUUCGCCGCUCUCACAUUUAUUAUGAGAGAUGACGUACUGUCGGAAUUCGCAGAAGAGCCUGAUCCAGUGCUUCAUGCCUUAUAUCUUGGUCCGCUAGGUGCGGCGACUGUUGAGGCCUUCGCGUCCGGCAGAAGUGAAGAAUUCCGACGAAAAUGCCGUGCUAUCUUGAAUGAAGCGGAAAUUGCAAUGAAAUCGUAUGAAGAGUUCCAUGAAGACAAUCCAGAGUUAUGUAGUUAUUCGGAUUUCCGUCAUAAUACCCUGAUCCUAAUGCGAGACUUGAAAGGAGAGUCUCGUGCCGAUGCCACUAUCCCGAUGGGCUGGGCUUGUGCUGCUCUAAAAAAAUUCGCGAAAAAAACCUACGUUGAUAAGACCUGGAAGGAAGAGAAUCUUUAUGAGUUAAUAUGGACGAUUAUGUGUCAACGUCCAAAUUUAAAAAAGUUUAUUUGUGAUUUACUCGAGAAGGAUUUUCACGACUAUGGUGCCGCACGAUAUUGGCGUCGGAUGCAGCCGGCGCUGAUGCACAGGACUACUGUACAAAACAGAAAUGAAUUAUGUCGUGACCCUUUACUGCCAACAGAAGACUACUUGAAUUUUCAUAAUGACGUAAAAGUACGUAACGUACAAUCUUGCAACAUUGUUUUUGUGCGUACUGCAGCUGAUUUGCAUGUGCUAAGUGAGGAACUGAAUCGGUUAAAAAACAAGGAUCCUCUUUCGCAUGUAAUUGUGGGUCUUGAUGCAGAGUGGAGCGCCUAUGUUGCCAAUAGCAGGGCAACUAUUUUACAAUUAUCACUUCGUGACCGCAUAUUCAUCAUCGAUCUCGAUAAUCGCUCAGAACUUCCUGCAAGUGCACUGCGUGAUUUCUUUACGAUGUUAUUUCUUGACAGGUCCAUCUUAAAAUUAGGAUUCCAGUUCAACGAAGAUCUCGUGCAAAUGCGGGCCGCGGUUCCUCACUGUCGUGCGUUGUUCGAGCCGGAGAACGUUAUUUGCGUUGGGAAGUUGUUUGCAGAUCUCUUGGAGCGAACAGAAAAGUUGACAAACUGUGAUGAGAUUUUGAAUGAAGUGUUACCUCCAGUUGUGAAUUCUGAUGAAAAGGAGCAUCCGGAGACCAAUGAGGAAGAUGAGUUUUUUUAUGGUACUAAAAUCACUAUCUCAGACAUUGCGGAUUCGAUAACGUCACAACCGAAAAGCCCACAAGGUGAAUCAGUUCUACAACGAACUGUAAAUCGGGGUCUCUCUUAUGUGUGUGAGCGAGUACUGGGACGACCGCUUGAUAAAACUGAGCAAUGUUCUGUAUGGGAUCGACGGCCAUUGAGAUCAUCCCAGUUACGGUAUGCUGCAAUGGAUGCGUACUGCUUGGUGUUGAUUUACGACGUGUGCUGUCGAUGGGCGCAGCGUCUAGACGUGUCGAUAGAAGAGAUCCUGAGUCGGCAAGAUCCGAUUCGUGUUUCACCGCCGCUCCUUAGCGAAGAGUUUUAA